AUGAAGUUUUGGGGCUGGAUGCAUCAUAAGUUCCGAGAGAAUAGCAAAGAGCCACUGAAAGAUGCUACAACUGGUAACAACCAUUUCCCCCUUUCAGCUCAUCCAUCCCUUGAUAGCCAAGAUGUUUACACCGCAGCAUGUGCUGGCUCCAGAUACAAUACUGGAUCCAGAAAGCAGCUUAAUAUGUUCCAGGAAAGCUCCUUCGCAGGACCCAAGGAAAAUACAGAAGAAAACUUCAAGGAUGGGAGAAACAGUGAUUUCUUUCAUGGGUUUCUUGCCAUUGGAACCCUUGGUGGAGAAACACUUUUGGAUGAACCAGCAACACCAACAUUUGGCAUGUCAUUUGGGGACACAGCAACAGAUAAUGAAGAAGUGACAGAGAAUGAUCUGAAGCUCAUUAGCAAUGAAUUGGAGAAGUUCCUUGAGGCAGAAGCUAAUGAAGGACACAAUCAACCAUCAGGAAGGAACAGCGACACUAACACUAUUGCAUCCACCAUUGAGGCAGCUGAGGGACUAGAUGCUGAAGAAGAUAAUCAGCCAAUGAAGUUCCCGCUUCAAGAGUAUCUUUUUGGUUCUCUAAUCGAAUUCCCAGAAACAAAUAUUGCAGGGAAGAAGGAAAGAGCAUCGCUUGGAGAACUGUUUCAAGUAACAGAAAUGCAAGAUAAACAUCCAGAAAACAAAUGUGGGGAGAAAAAGAAGCAAACCAGUUCAACCCACAAGUCUGCAAAGCAUCUUGUGAAGAAGGUACUGAAAAAGCUACACCCAACGUCAAGGAUCCCUGCCAAUGGUAAAACUGAAGUGGCUUCCACAAAGAAGAAGUUCCACAAGAUGGCACAAGUUUUCCAUAGGAAAGUACAUCCUGAAGACUCCAUUAUGGAAAGCGAAAUAUACAACAGCAUGGCAGACCCAAAACAUAGCAGAGCAAGCUCUAUUGGGUUAGUCCCCGCUAAGAUGAACCCCUGUCACGAGACAAGUAAAAGAUGGAUCCAGUAUGAGCUAAAAAGUUCACCUUCUGCUGGAAACGGAGAACACUGGAUCAAAACAGACGAAGAUUACUUCGUGUUGGAGCUGUAGCAAAGGGAUCAGAAGAAACGAGUAAACUAAGAAGUGUGAGUGUAUUAUGUCAUUUCAUACAUGUGUGAAUUGUGUGGUAUGAUUAAGGCAAAUGUGUUCAAGACUUAUUGGGAAU